GCGAAUUUCAACUAGUUUCCUGUUUAGGCGCGCACAGAAGCGUUUUAGCUGUGCUUAAAGACCUUUUGGCUUUUUCAAAAUUAUAAAAAGCAAGUUUAAGCUGUGCGUAUAUAAUAUUUCAUUGUAAAUACAAUGGCUACUCCUCCCAAGAGAUUUUGUUCAAGCCUCGACGCUGACCUCAGUUUCGAAAAAAGGGCAUUGAAGAUCUCUCUAGAGGGAAACAUUGCUGCAGGGAAGACAACUUUUGUGCGUUUGUUGGAGCAGACAUCAGAUGAGUGGGAGGUCAUACCAGAGCCCAUUGGGAAGUGGUGCAAUGUGCAGACCACGGAAAAUGAAUUUGAGGAGCUUAGCACAUCCCAGAAGAGUGGAGGCAACCUUCUGCAGAUGUUAUAUGACAAGCCCAGCCGCUGGUCUUACACUUUCCAGACCUACGCCUGCCUGAGUCGUGUCCGUUCACAGCUUCAGCCUCCCUCUGCCAAGCUUCAGCAGGCUGAGAAACCAGUCCAGUUCUAUGAGCGUUCGGUGUACAGUGACCGAUAUGUGUUUGCCUCCAACCUCUUUGAGUCUGGAGAUUUGAAUGAGACCGAGUGGGCCAUCUACCAAGAUUGGCAUUCAUGGCUCCUUACUCAGUUUGAGUCUCAGCUUGAGCUGGAUGCUAUGAUCUAUCUCCGUGCUGACCCCGAGAGAUGUAUGCAGCGUCUUCAGUUCAGAGGGCGAGAGGAGGAACAGGGGAUUCCACUGGAGUAUCUGGAGAAGCUGCAUUAUAAGCAUGAGUGUUGGCUGUACAAUCGGACCACAAAGCUGGAUUUUGAGUAUCUUAAAGACCUUCCCAUUCUAGUCCUGGAUGUUAAUGAGGACUUCAAAAAUGACAGAAUUAAACAAGAAGGUGUAAUUGACAAGGUCAGAGAGUUUCUGAACACACUAUAGCAUCUAAAUAUUUUGAUCUUUGUAUAUCAUGUAUACUGGUGUUGUAUCACUAGUUUUCAAUAUCAAUGCCUUUUGUCACUUGAAUGAAUU